AUGGCCGGGAAAGCUGACAAAAAGCAAGCAGCCAACAACACUAAAAUACUAAAAUCAUUAAAGCUAGCCUAUUCAAUCGGUUUCAUACCUACGUUACUAGCACGGUAUAAUUUGAUAUCCACCUUUAUCUUUAAUAUAUUGCCUAUUUUAUCCUUAUAUGUUUUGGUCAAACAAGCAACACCACAAUACGAAAAUAAUGGUAGGAGUAAUAAAUUGAUCCACCCCGGUUCUUUGGAUUUAGGCACCGGUGAUGGAUUACAAGAAUAUAUGAUCGAUAUCAUAUACCUAUCUAUAUUAGGAAAUAUUGGGUUGUUAAUUUUUAAAAGCAAUAAAUUGUGGCUUUUAUUAAUGGUCAUUGUUUCAGGUUACGUUGGUUAUAAGCUGUUCCAAUUGAAGCAAAAGUAUAUGCCAUCAAAAAAAUCUAAUAUAGUACCUAGUAAUAAUGGUGAUACUACCCCAGAUACAAAUCAAACAAAAUCCAAGAGACAAAUUAAAUUGGAAAAAAGGGCUGGAAAAGCUAAUAAUAGAUUUAAGCCUGCUCAUUAA